UUGCCCAUUCGUUCAUCAAUAGUAGUUUGGUUAUUCCCAUACCACUCUUUUUCCAACCAUUGCAUUCAUGAGCGUAACCACAGCUAGAAUUGAGGACGAUUUCGAUCUUCUCACACCAGUGCACAAGGCUUCCGUGCGUCUUGAUGUCCGAGACUUAGAUCAAAUCAGAUCUUCCCCCUACCACGAAAAAGAGCAUUGGUUGGACCUCACCAAAGUGCCGGACACUAAGAGAGUGAUAGCAUUGGCAUUGCAGUCCUUCGAGCCAAGAAACGAGCAGUAUGCCUUCGAUGACUACGACCAGGCGUUCAAUAUUCCAGAAAUUGUGGAACUAGCCAGAAACUACGCCAAGCAGCUUGAAAUCGAAAUUGAGCCUACCAGUGUGUACGUUAUUGCAUUUAGACUGAUUCUUAAGCUUGAAGUCCAGGCAUCUUCCGAGAACAGAAGAUUUCUUGCCAAAGUGGAUAAGGAUUCGCAUGUGGAGGCCAACGAGUCUGGAGGCUUACUCAAGUAUUGGUUUGGGACCCCAGAUGAUGUGCACGGUAAGAAUUUAGCCACUUGCUGGUGGGAGACCAAGGAGCACGCGAAGAAAGGGGGCCGUGGUAAGGCUCAUAGAGAAGGCAUGACUGCCGUGCGCAGUUGGUUUAAGCACUGGCAGGUGGAGGAGUACCAAUUAAACCUUGCCAAGGGUGGCGAAAGCUACCUGUUUACUAGAGUCAAUUAGUCUGCGUAGCGACUGAGAUCACCAGGAGUGCUGGAUCAGUCUCGGGAUAUUAGAGAUAAAUUAUACGCU